AUGUACGGAAACAGGGAGAAGAGGAACUCCAACCUCUACUGCCUGUACCACCGGGACAUCGGACACGAGACGGAAGACUGUAACUACCUCAAAAGAGAAAUAGAGUACCUAAUCAAGCAGGGGCACUUGAAGCAGUUCAUCCACCAAGCUGGAGGUCGUCAACGAACUGAUUCUCUUCACGAGAGCCGAGGUGAUCAACAGCGAGAUGACUGGCGGAGGUCGAGAAGUAACUGCCGACCCCCUGAGCAUCCUAGGGAGACGAGAAGGUCUCCCCGGGAUGGGUCAUCGGGUCAUGAGUUAGGAUACGGGCCAAACAUUGCCGGGAUCAUCAACACCAUUGCCGGAGGUCCGACUGGAGGAGACAGCCAAAACUCCCGAAAGAGAACCUACAGGCAGGGUAACCCCGACCAGGUCGAGCCGAGCUCUUGCUUAUCCGAGGUGAUAUCGUACGGUCCCAGUGACCCAGUCCCCGCUGCUUCCAGCAGCCAUGAACCUCUGGUGAUUGAAGUGUUCUCCAACAACUACAUAGUUAAGAAGGUGUAUGUUGACCCAAGGAGUUCGGUAGACGUCAUGUAUCUCCGGACUUUUGACAGCUUGAAGCUAACCAAGGAGUAG